CUAUACGAUUCAUUCCCAGCACUGAUGAAACGCCUGCCGGGGCCUCACAAUGGCAUCUUCAGUAGCUCCAAAUGUCUGAAGGCAUCUAUCAGGACAGAGAUAGAGAAGCACAAGUUGGAUCUGGACCCCAGCAACCCCCGAGAUUACAUCGACACCUUCCUGAUAGAGCAGAAUCGCAACAGAAACAGUGAACUUGGUUUUGACGAUGGCAACCUGGUUCUGUGUUGUCUGGAUCUGUUCCUGGCUGGUGGCGAAACCACUUCGAAGACCCUACAGUGGGGGCUCAUCUAUCUCAUCAAGAACCCUCAUAUCCAGGACAAAGUCCAGGCAGAGAUAGACAGAGUGAUCGGACGAACCCGACUUCCCAGAAUGGCAGACAGACCUAACCUGCCCUACACCGACGCUGUCAUCCACGAGAUCCAGAGGAUGGGAAACAUUGUUCCCCUCAAUGGACUUAGAAUGGCUGCCAAGGACACAACACUGGGUGGUUACGUCAUACCCAAGGGAACUUCAGUGAUGCCCAACCUGACUUCUGUGCUAUUUGACAAGACUGAAUGGGAGACGCCAGACACCUUUAAUCCUGGACACUUCCUGGAUGCUGAAGGGAUGUUCGUGAGGAGGGAUGCAUUUUUACCGUUCUCUGCAGGAAAGCGUGCAUGUCUGGGUGAAGGCCUGGCAAGAAUGGAGCUGUUCUUGUUUGUUGUCAGUUUGUGUCAGAAGUUUUAUUUUUCCACUCUGGAUGGACUUGAGCUGAGUACAGAGGGAGUCAUUGGAGCCACACGCACACCAUACCCCUUUAAGAUCUAUGCCCAUGCCCGCUAAACCCUGCAACCUGUCCUCUAAUAUAGACCGUACGCUACAGUAAAGCCAAAAAGACCACACAUGCAGCAUCCGUGGCUAAUUUUUAUAUAAGUACCAUUCGUCUUUUUUUAGAAAGACUCGGUUUUCAGAGGCAAAUUCUCCUUAUGCCUGUAAAUAAAGGGCACAAACAAAGAGAAAUGUCUGUUUUUCAAAAUAACCAUGUAUGUGUAAACUGGGACUAAAUGUGUGUCAAUGUCUAUCUGAUGAGCAGGUGGCCACACUGUGUGAAUGGUUCCUGUACUAUGUAAAAGCGCUUUGAGUAGU